UAUCCAAGUUCGAUCAAAGGGCGGCUACUGUGUCUACGGACCAAUACCUUUCCACACGCGUGGACCAUGUUGUCGUGGCCACACCGUCGACGUACCUACAUUGAUGGCCAUAAGCCACGAAAUGCACAAGAGCAACACAUCCGUCCGUCAAAGUAAGACUGUAGUCGGAAGCUUCAGACGCUGCUUCUCGCAGGUGGCUGUCACUGUAUAUAUAUAUGUGCAGGCCACGGACUUGACACAAUGUUUACAGAACACACACGUAUACUCGAUUUCGGGCUUCUCACAAUUCAUUUCGACCAUGCCAGGAUUGCAGAGCAGCCAGGUGAAAAGAGAGCCAGCACGGACAUUUCAAUGCUCGUAGUGGGAGCUGGAAUCGGAGGACUCACCUUCGCCAUCGAUACCUCUCGCAAGGGUCAUGAUGUGCGUGUAAUCGAAUGUUCACCCGAGGGACAAUACUCUGGAGAGAUCAUUAUGAUCAUGAAUCCAGCUCUUCAUACUUCCAAGAAGUGGCCUGGCGUCAUGGAGCGCGCCAGAGCAGCAGCAUACUCUUCCAUAUUCGAAUUGCGCAAAUUCGAUGGCACGCCCAUCGAAACCCACGCACCCGGUGACGCAAAGAACCCAUCUUUGGGCAUCUACCGAAGGAAAACGGCACAACCUUCUUUACACCUACGCCAAGGAUCUCGGCAUACCCAUCACCUUCGGAGCUCGAGCAACAGAAUUCUUCGAGACCCCUGAUCUCGGUGGCGUGACCCUCGAAAAUGGGGACCAGCUCACGACAGACGUCGUUGCAGCUGACAGGGUCGGCUCAAAGUCACGUGCCAUCAUUGAUGGCAACAGUGACGCACCGAUCAGUCCAGGCUUCAUCAUGUACCGCGUUUCA